CCGGAGCAGAAGAGGGGAAGGCCCCUGGCAGCCAAAAUGAAGUCUCUGCUGUCUAUGUGCUGCUUGCUAUCUCUACUAGCCUUGUCUGAUGCAGGAUCCUCCCUCCAUGAUGAGGAGCCUCUGGUGCGUCUGCAGCUCCAGCAGCCAGAGGGAGACUUCUUCUCCUGUGGAUGUGACACAAACGAGGAGCACGCCAGCCAGAGCUCCUCCAAUGACACCCCUGCCCCUGAAAGGGCCAUGUGCCCGCCUUGCAAACCCCCAUCAGCUGUAGAAGAGACAGCUUUAACCUCAGAACAUGAAGAGGAGGAGGUUGAGGCAGCUCCUGUGGAGGAGGGUGCCUCCACUGAGGAGGUAACAAGUGUUGGAGAAGAAGUGCAGGAGGAAGCCGCUUCCCAAGAAAAGGUAGAAGAAGAGGAGGCGACAUCUGAGGAGGAGGCUGAGGAUCAAAGUGUGGAGGAGGAUGAAGUAGCUGAGGAUAUAUCCUCGUCAGAGGAAGCAGAGGUAGCUGAGGUUGAGGAAGAGAAAAUCGAGGAAGGUGAGGGCAAAGCAGAGGAGGACUUACACGAAGAGGAAGAGGAAGUGAGUGAACCUCAGGAAAAAGUUGCUGAAGAGGAAGGAGCUGUUGCUGCUGAGGAAGAGGCAGUUGAGGAACCAGAAGAUGAAGACACACAGAAGGAUAAAGAGGUUGCCACUGAGGAGGAAAGUGUGGAAACUGUCAUGCAUGAGGCUGCCGAGGACGCAGCUGAGGAAGAGGUUGUAGUGGCUGAAUCUGAACCAGAAGAAGAAUCUGUUGAACUUUCUCAAACAGACUCUGAACCCGAGGAAACAGAACCAGAAGUGAUGGCGGAAUCUGAGGAUGAACCAGAGCCAGAGGUUAUUGCAAGGCCAGGACCAGAACCAGAGGUGAUUGCAGAGCCUGAACCAGAACCAGAGGUGACUAGAGAGCCAGAAGCAGAGGUGUCUGCAGAGGAAGAACCAGAACCAGAGGUGAUUGCAGAGCCAGAACCAGAACCAGAGGUGACUAGAGAGGCAGAACCAGAACCAGAGGUGAUUGCAGAGCCGGAACCAGAACCAGAGGUGACUAGAGAGCCAGAACCAGAGGUGUCUACAGAGGCAGAACCAGAACCAGAGGUGAUUGCAGAGCCCGAACCAGAACCAGAGUUGACUACGAGGCCUGAACCAGAACCUGAGAUUGAAGUGGUUGCAGAGCCUGAGACAAUUCCAGAGCCUGAACCAGAACCAGAAGUGGAGGCAGAGCCUGUUAUGGUGGAGGUCACACCAGAAUCUGUAGAGGAUGUAUUUGUGGAAGGGGAGCAAUUGGAGGAUGCAUCGGUAGAUGUUGUAGAGGAGGCUCCUGUGGUGGAGGAGGCCCCUGUUGAUGUCGAGGAGGUGACAGUGGAAGAGGUGACUGCAGAGGAGCCUGCGCAGUCCCAAACCAAAGAACAUAAGAAAGAUGAGGCAGCAGGCCCCAAACUGAGGGACCGCGUCCACAUUGAGGACACGCUGCGAUUGGCUACUACUGAACCCUCAGCAGAGUUCUCAGCUGCUAUGAAGAAGCUGUUGAACAUCUACCACACUGCCAUCCAGCCAAUGGAACAAGCCUACAAGUACAACGAGCUCAGGCAGCAUGAAGUCACAGAUGGUGAGAUCACCUCCAAGCCCAUGGUUUUGUUCCUGGGACCGUGGAGUGUCGGCAAGUCCUCCAUGAUCAACUACCUGCUGGGCCUUCACGGCACCCCACAGGAACUCUACACAGGUGCUGAGCCCACCACCUCAGAGUACACAGUCAUAAUGCACGGUGAGAAGUUCCGGUCCAUAGAGGGCAUCGUCAUGGCAGCAGACAGCUCACGGUCCUUCUCGCCUCUGGAGAAGUUCGGCCAAGGCUUCCUGGAGAGGUUGGUGGGCGUCGAGAUGCCCCACAAGCUGCUGGAGAGGGUCACCUUCGUUGACACGCCGGGCAUCAUUGAAAACCGCAAGCAGCAGGAGAGAGGUUACCCCUACAACGAGGUGUGCCAGUGGUUCAUAGAUCGAGCCGAUCUGAUCUUCCAGGUGUUUGAUCCCACCAAGCUGGACGUGGGUGCCGAGCUGGAGAUGCUCUUCAAGCAGAUGAAGGGCCGUGAGUCCCAGAUCCGCCUCAUUCUCAACAAAGCCGACAGUCUUUCCACCCAGAACCUGAUGAGGGUCUACGGUGCCUUGUUCUGGAGCAUGGCACCCAUGAUCAACGUCACAGAGCCUCCCCGGGUGUACGUCAGCUCCUUCUGGCCUCAGGACUACGCUGCAGACACCAGCCGAGAGCUCUUCAUGAAGGAGGAGAUCUCUCUGCUGGAGGACCUCAACCAGGUGAUUGAGAAUCAGAUGGAGAACAAGAUCGCCUUCAUCCGCCAGCACGGCAUCCGGGUGCGCAUCCACGCCCUGCUGGUGGACCGCUACCUUCAGACCUACUACGACAAGCUGGGCUGGUUCAACGACCCCUAUGAGGUGUUCCAAGACAUUGUGAACGACCCGGACAAGUACUACAUCUUCAAAUCCAUUCUGGCCAAAACCAAUGUCAGCAAGUUCGACCUGCCCAACAAGGAGGCCUACCAAGACUUCUUUGGUGUGAACCCGGUUUCCAGCUUCAAGCAGCUCUCCUCCCACUGCAGCUGGACCGGCGGCUGCCUGCUGGAGAAGAUAGAGAGGGCCAUCUCAAAUGACCUCCCGGCUCUGCUCAGCAGUGUCAGCAAGGCCGCAGACACGCCUGCCCCAGCGAAGGCUGCGCCCACACCUCCGCCUCCACUCCCUGGCACCUGUGAAGGUCCCGGGUGUGAGGAGAAACCCAAGAAUCGCUGGAGGAAGCAGUGAGAUGGAGGAGCGCGGUACAGGAGAAGGAACAGAAGAAGCAGAUGGCAGCAGCAGCCAGAGGGUUUCCUGGUAUAAUCCUCACUGCUGUGAUUUUCAGAACUAGGUGUGUUGAGAGCAGGGAAAGAAUAGAAACGACCUGAGUCAGAAUGCUUCUUAGUGCUUUUACCUGCAGGGAGUACCAAAUGGACGUCUUUGACUGUAAUUGACAGAAAUAUAGAUAUAAUAUAUAAUAUCUACCCCA